GUUUUGUCUCCGUGUGGUUCCUAGUCGCUGUGUGCAGAAUGCUAAAAUAGCGCUAAUGUACUGUAUCCAAAACAAAAAUAAAGUCGCUGCGAUCCUUUUAAUGAGGCCAUCGCUCAGCUGUUAAGCGUGUUCAUUUAGUGAGAAGGUGUGCCUCUUAUCUCUUGCAUCACUGCAGAUAACACGCCGAGAACUCCACAGCGUAUUCUGGUGAUGUACUGUUGUGUUGGUUGAUGAGCAUUAUUUAGUCUCGGACUGCUGCGCGCCCAUGACAAACAGCGAGAUAGCGCUGUCACAACCGCUUAAUGCGGCAGUACUUAGGUGAGCAUAUCAUGCCGAUAUAAUCACUUAUAAUUGGCGUCAUACCAUUUCAAACGCGCAGUUUGCUAAGAGAAUCGAGCCUUAUUUCUUCCAAGUUACGAAUACGAUUAUGGGCGAUGCUCCCGAGAUGGCACCACAAACGACAUCGAAUGCUGCUGGUGGCGGUAUCAACGACUUCCAAGAUUUUGAAGAAACACACCGGCUCCUUCAGCUUCCGUCUCACAGUACACAGGUAACUAAUUCGCCGUCUGCGUCACCGAAUCCGGAUCAUUCGCCACGAAAGUCGAGCAAGAAGAAAGCACAUAGGAAAAGGCGACAAGGAAGUGUGUCACAAUCUGUAGCCGACAGCAAAUACAGCACGAACUCACCAAGCUCUUCAACUGUCAAUGAUGAGAUUUUUGUCCCUCUGACUGACAGUAAGAGUUCUGCUGCAAUGGAACUGACCAUCUUGGAAGCAUCACCCAUUGAUUCUGCUGAUAUACCAACUGUUCUUGUUCAGCCACCAUCAUCAACACCAUCAAUAACUGCUUCCAAGGAUGAGCAGAUAUUAGAAGCUCUCAGGGAAAUAGUUCGCAAUUGUACUGUGCAAGAUCCUGAGAAAAGAGCAUCAGCUGCUCAAGUCCAUGCGAUGCUGAGCAAGCUGCUGUAAAAAGAAGCAAAGCUGUUGACCAGUGUAGAAAAGAGCAUCAGCUGCCCAAGUCCACGCGAUGCUGAGCAAGCUGCUGUGAAAAGAAGCAAAGCUGUUGACCAAUGUCGUUGCCUGAAGCUUUGCGCUUUGAUAGUGUUCACAUAACAUCACAAAUUGCGUCUUGGGGUGCGUCUUCACGUUUUUAGAGUUUGCUAACUGUCCAUUUGCGCCACGUGCUGAUCGCUUCGUUGUACAUAAGUAUGUAGUAAUUUUAUUUUAUCGACGAGCUGUGCAAUAAAAUAGCAGUUGAUACCAUG